UAGAGGAGGGGGGAGGCGCACAUGCAUUGAGAGAAACACACUUACACACACACAUAUACUCGUAGCGGCCACAUUUUCACAGCCUGCUCUUCAGACUGACAGCAGCAAACGGAGUUGAGAGCCAGCACGACAGAGCGAGGGAGGAAGAGGACUGGAAACAAGGGAGGCAUCCACAGAGGAGAGGACAGGAGUGGAGACUACACACGAUUUGCCCCAUUUUUUUCUCUUUUAGCUCUCUGGGAGCCAUAAAAGGAAUCUGCCCUGUACUCUUCUUGAACUGAACUUGCUCUGCACCUUGCUAUGGCAGCCCUGGUGGGACAUGGGAACACUGUCUCCCUCUCACCUUGUUCCUCUCAUCCUUGGACUACCCUCCUCUGGGCUCUGUUGUCCCUUUCAAGCCAAGUGUUGGGUUUUAACCUGGAUACUACUCACACACUGCAUAAGUUGGGGGACCAUGGGACCUUUUUUGGUUUCUCUCUAGCACUUCACCAACAGCUUACCCCAGAGCCUCAGAGCUGGAUCCUUGUGGGGGCGCCGCAGGCAGCAGGGCAGGGCCUGUUGCGGGGCAGUCGGCCAGGAGCCUUGUUCAGGUGUCCAAUCACACCAGAGGAGUACGACUGUGAGAGGGUGGAUAUUGAUGGAGAUGUGAGUCUGAACAGAGAGAGCAAAGACAACCAGUGGCUGGGAGUUACUGUCAAGAGUCAGGGGAUUGGAGGGAAGGUGGUGACCUGCGCUCACCUGUAUGAGCUCAGGCAACGUGUAAACCAACCCUCAGAGACUCGUGACCCCAUUGGACGCUGCUACGUCCUGAGUGAGGAUCUGACAGAGCGAGAUGACCUAGACGGGGGAGAGUGGAAAUUCUGCGAGGGCCGGCCACAGGGACAUGAGCAGUUUGGCUUCUGUCAGCAGGGCUUAUCUGUCAGUUUCACCCCAGACAACAACUUCAUUCUGUUUGGGGCUCCGGGAACAUACAACUGGAAAGGGCUCUUGUUCAUGGCUAGCCCCAUUGAAGAUGCACUGCUGUACAAAACUCUGGAGCCCUCCAGCCGGCCCACACCGUUUGAGGAUGUAGCUCAUAAUAGCUACUUAGGGUUUUCUGUGGACUCGGCCAUGGGGAUAAUGAGCCUUGGGGAGCUGACCUUCGUUGCAGGUGCACCUCGGGCCAAUCACACAGGGGCGGUGGUACUGCUAAGGAAAGACAACGUGUACCGACUGGUGCCACAGCACAUUUUCUGGGGGGAAGAGCUGGCGUCUUCAUUUGGGUACUCGGUGGCUACGACUGAUCUGAAUAAGGACGGCUGGACCGAUCUGAUUGUUGGAGCUCCUAAUUUCUUUGACCGUAAAGCGGAGAUCGGUGGAGCUGUGUAUGUGUACCUUAACCCCUUCGGUCACUGGGACGAUCAGGCUCGGCCAAUCCGUCUCAACGGGACCUAUGACUCCAUGUUUGGAAUGACCGUCAGCAACAUUGGAGAUCUGGACCAGGAUGGAUACGGAGAUAUUGCUGUGGGGGCACCAUUUGAUGGAGAUGGCAAAGUUUUCAUCUACAGAGGCUCAAGUGCUGGGAUUGAAACAAAACCUGCUCAGGUGCUGGAUGGACGUGACUUUGAUGUGAGACGUUUUGGAUACUCCAUCUCGGGUGGUUUGGAUAUUGAUAAUAAUCAGUACCCAGAUAUUGCUGUGGGCUCUCUUAAUGAUUCAGUGGUUCUUUUCAGGUCUCGUCCAGUCAUCCAUGUGAACAGAGUUAUAUCUAUCGACCCUCAAGACAUCGAUCUGGAGCAGCACAACUGCAAGGGCAGAGAUGGCGUCUGCAUGGAGGUCACGGCCUGCUUCACCUUCACAGCCCACCCAGAACACUACUCACCACACAUUACCCUGGUGGUGCACUUUGAAGCCGACACAGAGCGCAGGAAGUUGGGCCUCCCCCACCGUGUGAACUUCCUGGGCCGCAGUUCCCUGGAGCCAGAGUACACGCAGACAGAAGAAGUGGAGCUGCAUCGGCAGCGAUAUCCUGUGUGCACCACUGCUGUCUUCCAGCUCCAUGAGAGCAUCCGUGACAAACUGCGUCCCAUCUCAUUGGCGAUAACCCACACUAUCAAGCCUGUGCCACCACGUAGACACUCAGGUGCCAAGAGGCUGGAGAAGCUGGCGCCUGUCCUGAGUGUUUCCCCCUCUAAUACACUGUACUCUGAGAUAAACUUCCUGCGAGAAGGAUGCGGCAGUGACAAAAUCUGCCAGAGCAACCUGAAGCUGAAUUACCAGUUUGGAACGCGACCCCUGACUUCCGACCUCUUCACCCCUUUGCCAAAAGAUGAAGAUGAUGUGCAGGUGUUCUCCCUGUCCGACCAGAGGUUGGUGGUGCUGGAGAUCACCGUCACCAACAUGCCCUCUGACCCCUCUGACCCUGAGGAGAACGGAGAUGAUGCCCAUGCUGCUCAGCUGCUUAUCACCCUUCCAAACACUUUGUCGUAUGCCGGCUCAAGGAUCCCCCCACAGAUGAGAUGCCAAGCAAACCAGAAUGGCUCCCAAAUUGAAUGUGACCUGGGAAACCCUGUGAAACGAGAUACUAAGCUGAAGUUCUCCAUCAACUUGAGCACAUCUAACAUCACAAUUGAGACCACUGAGUUGACAGCAGAUCUCUUAUUGACAACUAUCAGUGAGCAGCCUGACCUGGUACCAGUCACAGCUUUUGCUAAAGUUGUGAUAGAGCUCCCUCUGUCUGUCAUUGGGCUUGCUCGUCCUCACCAGCUGUUCUUCAGUGGGACAGUGAAGGGAGAGAGUGCCAUGACUAGUCUGGAUGACAUCGGCAGCCCUGUGGAUUUUGAGUUUGUGGUUGCUAAUCCUGGGAAAGCUCUGCAGACGCUCGGCUCAGCCUUCCUCAACAUCAUGUGGCCUUAUGAGCUGGCCAAUGAGAAAUGGCUCCUGUAUCCUGCCAGCUUGAAGUUUGAAGGUCACCCAGACACACAGUGCACCCCAACAGGGGCUUUGAAUCCUCUGAAGCUACACAGCUCCUCUCUUGCUCAACUUCCCCAGCCUGUCAAUAACUGUGGCUUUUUCCAACGUGCCCACUACAAAGACAAGUUGCCUCAGUACCACGCAGUGAAAAUUCCUCGCGAGGACCGGCCACAGUUCCAGACUGAGAAGUCGGGAGUUGUCCAUAAAAAGGAAUGGGCCACACACUGGAGCGAUGGGACCUCAUAACUCGCUUUGAAGCACUGACUGACUGAAUUAAUUCAAAUCACCAUGUGUGGCACUCAUUCUGUCUUUGCAUUGGAACUAACGGACUAAAAAAGUGCACAUAGACUGAGAUCAUGAUAUCUUGUGCACACUGUACUGUGUCAGUACUUGCAUAUUGGUAGCCUGUUACACUGUGACUGGAUCUAUAUCCUCCUAUAUUGUAGCACGCUGAUGGCUGGCCUAUAGUCUAUUUACACUGUGCAACUAUAUCAGUGUUUUACAGUAAAUGCUGAAGGCCAGAAACAAUAUUAGAACCAGUAUAGCUGCUCAAUAUGCUUUACAGGAUGCAGAAGGAGCGCUGAUGCUCACAUGGACUUCACUGUCAGUUCUGACUGACAGAACAAAGGAGGACAGAAAAUCACUCAACUCAAAGACAUGCAUGAAUGCACAAACAUAGAGUAUAAUAUUAGACACAUACAGACUGGACAUUGUUGAUGAAGAAGCCACUGCCCGCGACUACUUUUGCCUUAACUACUGUAAGACUGACGACUGAUAUGGGCAAUGAAAAAAUUUGUUUUUUUAUAUAUAAAUGAUGUUUUAGAAUUAUCUUUUAGUCAGCACUGGUAAACGUUGGGGAAAUGUCAGUAUGUAAGAUAUCAGUAAAGUUAAAUGUUGCAGAACACUGAAUGUGUUGUUGUCUGGGCUUGCUGUUUGCUCUUAAAAAGCCAUUCAAGAAGUUCAGCUCAUGGUUUUUUGUAUAUCUUUAUUCAAGGGAAAAAAGCCUUCUAUAAAGGAGGAGACUUUCAGUGUCAGUUCCUUUGUCAUUUUGUUGUUAAUAUGUCAGUCAAAUGUCCUGUACAUCAAUAGUUUAUUGCCUGAGUGAACUUGAAUAAGAACAACAAAACCACAGCCUGUUAUUGCAUGAAAACCAAAUAUGUUCGAAAAGCCAAGCAAUAUUUAAAAUAUGGUCAGCCCAUUUGCAGUGUAAGCAUUUAAAUUUCUGAACCAAACACUGGAUGGAUGUCCAGGCUCGUAACAGUGUCCCACUGUAUAAAAUGAUAAUGUGUGAAACAAUGGUUUCAGAUUAACGCCUACAUGUAUGACUGAAUUAGAUAAAUCUAAAUUAUGAGGUUUUCAAGCAACACCACCUUUAUUUUUUACUGAGAUAUCAUCGCUUUUGUAUAAAUACUUUUCAAAACCUUUUAGUUGCGUUGUAUUAACCAGCGUGUCGCACUGUUCCUGGUAAUGUACUUUAAUUUCAGUACUGACAUUUCUAACAAGUGCCUUAUGGUGAAAGUGGCAGAUUGUGAGCUGCCGGUAAAGAACAGAAGGCAACUUUGUUUAAUUAGAUCAGGCUGCCCUGAAGCAUCUGCUGGACACCGGUGGAUAAAUAAACAUCCCGGAGGAGAGAAGAUUUCUAGAAGAGCAGAAUAUGUCGACAAGGAACCAGAAAAACAUUCUUUGGAUGUAAUUUGGGUCGAUGAAGUGGCUGUAAAGCAUGAAGAGUCAGCUUGUUUUUUAGGUAUUGCUGGACAAUCUUGUAUUAGCUGCAUGAAGCUCCUGUUGCUGUUCUUACGUUCCCCCCAUUUUCUUUUUUUUUCAUGACUCAGUGUUUUAUUUAUUUUAUGUUUGGCUGCACUGUUUUAACAUUGUAAAUAAAAUAAAAGGAAACAAAAUAAACCCAUCAGAUAACGUUAA